AUGUCGCGCCCUUUAUCACACCGGAUCUACACAGAAGUCCUCUCCAAGUGGCCGAAGCAGGAGCUUCGUCCCGACUACCAACUCCAAGAUGUAAUUCGCGCGACUAUAGACAAGCGAUUCCAGGCCUACCAACCCUCCAUGGAGGCCGAGGAGCUCUUCAAAGCACGAUCACUACAGUUUCUGCAGCAAAAUCGGUGGAACGAGAAGGCAUUACAAGUUAUCGGGCCAGAUGCUCAAGCCAACCAGUCAGCCGACAUAUUUCGACGACCUGAUUCGCGAAAUCGAAGAAGCCCCAAAGAGAACUUGGUUCGAGCGCCUAGGAAAGAGACUUUCAGGCAUGAUCAGACUAUCUUAAAAAACGAUUUUAACGAAACCAAGAGGAAGCGCGAGACGGAGAAGAAAAAUUCACAAGGGUCGCAGACAGAGGACGUAAUACUUGGUCACAUAUUAUUCACGAUUGACGCCACGACACUUCACGGUGGGAUUAUUAUCGAAGGUUAA